AUGUCCAGAGCUAAGAGAAUUAUGAAAGAGAUGCAAGCGGUCCAAGAUGAUCCAGAAGCUCAUAUCACUUUAGAAUUUGUUAGUGAAUCGGAUAUCCAUCAUUUAAAGGGUUCAUUUUUAGGUCCACCUGGAACACCAUAUGAAAAUGGUACAUUUAUUGUAGAUAUUGAAGUUCCAAUGGAAUAUCCAUUUAAACCACCAAAGAUGAAAUUUGAUACAAAAGUUUAUCAUCCAAAUAUUUCAUCUGUUACAGGUGCAAUUUGUUUAGAUAUUUUGAAAAAUGCUUGGUCUCCUGUUAUUACACUUAAGAGUGCAUUAAUAUCGUUACAAGCAUUAUUACAAUCCCCUGAACCUAGCGAUCCACAAGAUGCUGAAGUUGCACAACAUUAUUUAAAAGAUAGAGAAUCUUUUAAUAAGACAGCCGCUCUUUGGACACAAUUAUAUGCAGGUGGAAAUAACAAUGGUAAUAAUGAUGGUAUUAAUGCAAGUAACGCUGAUGAAGCUGAUUUGUAUGGUAUUAGUCAGGAAUUAGUACAGGAAUUUGAGUCUCAAGGAUUUCAAAAGGAUAGAAUCAUUGAAGUACUCAGGAGACUAGGUAUAAAAUCUUUGGAUCCUAACGAUAAUGAUAGCAUCAAUAGAGUCAUUGAGGAACUUUUGAAAUAG